AGAAUAACUAAACCUUUGGAUGUUCUGAAUUACAAAACCUUUGGAUAUUUAUGUGUGUUUCGAUUAUGUUGACUUGAACUCAUUUGGUGCCGGAUAAGUUUUAAAUCCAACUAUGCAAGAUUUCGCAGAUCCAGAUUGCUCUCUUCGGUGUUAGUUGAGAGCGAACCCUACAAUAUCAGAAGACAAUCUAUACAGCAGCCGAAACCUAGCUAACAUGCUUCCCAGUCGUCUGCAUUGAUAUAGGAUAAAAAUAGUAACAUAAUGGAACAAAUAUAAUUUACGCCAAGGGAUAGGAAGCAGACGUGCGUAGUGGUUUAGUGGUAUAUUUACCUAGAGCGAGGCAGAAAACAGCGGAAGUUGAGUAGCAGUUGAGAUGAACACUGGGUGUUAUGUUAUGAAGCUCUUAGUUAUUUUUUACAUAGGUGGAUAAUAUAAACGCUAAAAAAAAUAAUAUUAAAGUGUAUUGUGGCUUUCAACAUCAAAGGAUUCACUUGUGAACACUGACUGUGUGGUUCGAACUAUUUGUAAUAAUAAAUGAAAUUUUAUUAUAUUCAAGUUCGUUACUAAAAAUCGCGUAUUUGGAUGGAUACAAAUUAAUACGCGCAUCUGUUAGUUAGUCGGUAUAAUUAUAUUAUAUUAAGUUUUACACGUGUUCGUUGAAUAAAAACUUUAGUUUAAUACACGAACUCGUGUAUUUCGUUUACAACAUUUGAACGUUUUCCUGGAAUUGUUUCUGGACAUAAAAAUAACAAGAAGUAUGUGUUCCCACUUCGUGAUUUCAUGACGAUAUCUUGAGGUAUUCAUGGCUACCUGGAGUGCUUACCUGGCUUAUCAAGAAUGCGUUUAGACAAAACUUAACUCUUUGAACUUUCAAUUCUUCUUGAAAUUAACAUCCAAAAGAUAACGCGUUGGCACGUUAUUCUACAACACUACGAGACAUCAAGUUCAGAAAAACGAAUCUUGUGUGCUUUGGAAGUUUAGGAAAGCCAUCAACAUCACGCCAAAUUAGCGAUGUUGACUUUUGAUUUUGCUAAAACCUAAUCUCCCAAACGACGGAAUAUUAAUGUGCGUAUAUUUAUGUGUAUAGGAGAUUGUUAAUGAAAUAACAGAUGACAUCCGCGGAUGAUUAUUAGUAUGUGUUGAAUAAGAGAACUGUAAAACACAGUCAAGAACCAUUGUUUGAUGACAAAUAUGAUAUUGUUGUAAGAGCUGUAAGAAAUUGAUAGAUGUCUACCGCAAAACGACAAAUGCAAAUUCAAACAGAUUUUCCGCAAUCAGAAUCCGCCAUAGUUGGACUAGACACCCGAUCGGAUUAUAUAAACGACACUACUUUCUUGGUUACACACAUGAAUGGAUCAGUAAAGUAUAACGUCGCGUCCAUUUACCUUAGCUCUGACGUCAUUGUGGCGGACGUUUCAGAGACAGCGAGAGGAAUCACGUUAGUAAUAUUUGUAGCGCUGGGUAUAGCGUUCAACAUAUUCAUGAUUGUGUCUAUUUUUCCUAACAAAAGACUUCACACAGUAAGAAAUAUAUUACUCUUGCAUCUGGGGUGCACCGGCUUGUGUUUUUCCGUACUCAUUAAUCUCACGACCACCGCGGUAAGCUUUUCUGGACGAUGGAUUGGUGGCGUUGUGGUGUGUCAAAUAUACGGAUUUCUUUUUUCGGUGUUUGCACUCGUGACUUCGUGGACAAUAAUGGCUCUGAGUUGGGAUAAAUAUCAAACAAUUGUGUGCCCUUUGCAUCAUUCUUUUACAGCAAAGGCUUUCAAACUGAGUGUGAUAUUUAUAAGUGUAUGGGUAACGGCCUGUUUGGUGUCCUUUCCACCGUUGCUAAGUAGUAUUCGUUACGAGUUUCAACCAGAGAAGGGGAUUUGUUUUGUUUGCACCAAAUCUACAGCGGGAAAAAUCUAUAUGUGUGCUUUCCUCUUAACGGCCGUCUACAUACCGCUUGGGAUUAUGGUGUUUUGUUACACGCAUAUAUACAAAAUAGCGCGCAGCCAGUCCAGUCGAAUUGCGGCCACAAUGAUACAGAUGACUUGUAUCGUACAAGCAACGGUUGCGCCCCACAGCAAUCCAAGUAUGUCUCUGAAAGGUUCUAAGGCCAUGUGCACAAUAUUUCAGUUAAUAGGCUCGUUCGUGUUAGUGUAUAUUCCGAUGUCUGUGAUAUUGACCAUUGAUAUUAUCGUUCCAAAUACCCAAGCGACAAAUGUCGUCCUUUUAUCAACCGUUGUUUUGAUAUUCUUGUCAGCGCCAGUAAUUAACUCAUGCGUGUAUGGAUUGCGAAAUAAAUGUCUACGAAUGUCUUUCAGGCGUUAUAUUCGACGCAAGAUACGUUACUAUUGCUACAAAGACAAGCGUAGAAAUAGUGUCAAAUCAUUCCGUUCUUUCCGAUCAUCGUCAUUGAAAAAUGGUAAUAAAAGACAAACAAAUCAAAAUUGUACCCGAGUGACAGGUGGGCUAAGGCGGACACAAUCUUUUCCUGUUCGAGGUACACGUGGAACACUACGUAACUUCCGGGAAGCUGUAAACAAAUCUCGAGGUAAUCAUCUUGAAGUGUUUGAUACUACAGACGCAAUAGCACGUCCUUAUUCGUACAAUGCCCUUAAUCCGGAGAUAUCAAUAAAUAGGAUUUCGCCAGCGUCAUCUGUUUGCAACAGUAUAAAACCAGACACAAGUCUGGUGAGAUUUCAAAUCGAGGAUGAAGUGGAGCGUUUACCAGAGGAUAUUCCAGACAUUGAUGCAGAUUGAGUUUUACAAGCGAAACCUGUAGGUUCUGACACUUUUAUUAUAUACUUGCAAUGUAGUCGUAACUUAUGUUCAUGGUAAUAUUGUUGUGAAGGAAUUAUGGCGAUAGUGCAUUUUUUCAUUUAACAUAUGGCAGUAAUUUGUUUUUUAAACAUAAUAUUGUAUUACUAGUUUUUUCAUUCUACUUAAUAUAACAUAAAACCAAGUCUUCCUUCAUAAACUGGAUGGAAAGUAAUACAAUUUCAAUUAUUAAUUGUGAUCGUAUGAAAACAAUCAGUGCGAGCGCGAACUUAAAACGCAUCAAAUGUACACAUUCUUUGUGUGUGCGCAUUGAGUCAAUUGAGGUCAUUCAUGCCGUUAAUUUGAACGUCACAAAACUCUAUUAUUUAUAUAGUCCAAUUUAGUUUCUUACUUUUCGAUAUUCGGUUAAUAUUUUUUAAACAUGUAAUGCUAUUUAAUCACAUGUCGACGAACACUUUUUUUCUUGAAUUUUAACAAAAAUAAUCAAAACGUGUUAAAUCAUCUAAUGUUUAUAUAGUAGCCGUCAGAAGUGUUAAGAUAUUUAUUUACUCUUACAGUGUUCCGAUGUCUAAUUUGUUCCGUGUAAGAUAUUAUUGUUCAUAUAGAAAACUACAUUAUCACGGACAAAUAAAUAACAUAGAAUUACGAUAUACACGUACAAACACUAAUAUUUUGUAUUUUAUAAAACCGAUCAACUCAUUACAAAGAAAGUUAUAUGUAUUUACAAAUCAAUAAAAGAUAUGAUACAAUUCAGUGCAAUUGUAUAUAUUUGAUAAUGAGAGCAUGGGGAGUGCUUGGUGUAACGACGAGCAUUUAUUAUUUUAAUUUUCUUUGACAUUAAACAUAUUAAAAUAGAUUACUGUUGUUUGUGAUUGUAUUUAUUGAUAUUGUAUAUUACGUUAUGUAUUAUUGCAUAUGUCAAUAAUAUGCAUCCAUUCAUAAGACAUCACAUUUUCUACCAUAGCCUGUUAAUUGUUUUAGAUGUUUAAAUGCGUAACGUUAACAGUGCAAUAAUAAAAUCUUUAAAAAAAUA